CAUUUUCCUAGUUAUUUUUUUUUUAAAAAUCAUCAACCAACAACAAAUACCACUUUUUAUUUGACGCCAAAGUGAUGGCAAUUUGCAGGGAACUUUGUUAUGGCCUUUUCUAUAUCUGAUGAUACCUGAAACUCUUAUCGAAAGCUUUCUGAUUCUACUUCUGCCAUAUCUGCCUUUGCUGCCCUAGGGUACUUAGUUUAGUGCACACCGUUGAGAGGAUUGGGAUUUGGGUUUUUCUGUGAAUAUGAGUGGAGCUGUGCUUGUAGCUGUUGCAGCAGCUAUUGGUAACUUAUUGCAAGGAUGGGAUAAUGCCACUAUUGCAGGCGCUGUUUUGUACAUAAAGAAAGAGUUUAAAUUGGAAAGUGAUCCAACUAUGGAAGGCCUGAUUGUAGCCAUGUCUCUUAUUGGAGCCACCUGCAUUACUACAUGCUCAGGAGGCAUAUCAGACUGGCUAGGCCGCCGCCCCAUGCUAAUAAUCUCAUCCGUCCUUUAUAUUAUUAGUGGUCUUGUAAUGUUGUGGUCUCCUAAUGUUUAUAUCUUACUUUUGGCAAGACUAUUGGAUGGCUUUGGAGUUGGUUUGGCUGUAACUCUGGUCCCAGUUUAUAUAUCUGAGACCGCACCACCGGAAAUAAGGGGGUUGUUGAAUACCCUUCCCCAAUUUACUGGUUCCAUUGGAAUGUUUCUCUCAUAUUGCAUGGUUUUUGGAAUGUCAUUAAUGACUUUACCAAAUUGGAGAUUGAUGCUUGGAGUUCUUUUUAUUCCCUCCUUUAUCUACUUUGCAUUAACUGUAUUCUUCUUGCCCGAGUCACCAAGAUGGCUAGUAAGUAAAGGGCGGAUGAGUGAGGCGAAAAAGGUUUUGCAGAGGCUACGUGGCAGGGAAGAUGUUGCUGGUGAGAUGGCUUUGCUAGUUGAGGGCCUUGGUGUUGGAGGUGAAACAUCCAUAGAGGAGUAUAUAAUUGGCCCAGCCAAUGAGGACGCUGAAGACCAUGAUGUAUCCGCUGAUAAAGAUCGUAUCAAGUUAUAUGGACCGGAAGAAGGUCUUUCGUGGGUGGCCAGACCUGUCACUGGACAGAGCACUCUUGGUCUUGUGUCUCGGCAUGGAAGCAUAGCUAACCAGAGUACACUUGGUCUUGUGGAUCCUCUUGUCACCCUCUUUGGAAGUGUUCAUGAGAAGCUCCCUGAAACAGGAAGUAUGCGAAGCACACUUUUUCCACACUUUGGAAGCAUGUUCAGCGUGGGAGGUAAUCAAGCUAGAAAUGAAGAGUGGGAUGAGGAAAGUGUUGUCAGAGAGGGUGAGGACUACCAAUCUGAUGGUGCUGGUGGUGAUUCUGAUGACAAUUUGCAGAGUCCUCUGAUCUCACGGCAGACAACCAGUAUGGAGAAGGACAUGGUUCCAACUGCCCAUGGAAGCCUUACAAGCAUGAGACAGGGUAGUCUAAUGCAAGCAAAUGCUGGAGAACCAGGUAGCAUGGGGAUUGGUGGUGGUUGGCAGCUGGCAUGGAAAUGGUCUGAAAAAGAAGGCCAAGAUGGAAAAAAGGAAGGGGGAUUUAAAAGAAUCUAUUUGCACCAAGAAGGCUUCCCUGGAUCUAGGCGUGGGUCACUAGUUUCUCUGCCCGGUGCUGAUGCCCCUGCAGAAAGUGAGUAUGUCCAGGCUGCUGCUUUGGUGAGUCAGCCAGCUCUUUAUUCCAAGGAGCUUUUGAAGCAGCAUCCGGUUGGACCAGCUAUGGUUCAUCCAGCUGAAACUGCAAAGGGACUAAGUUGGAGUGAUCUCUUUGAACCAGGAGUCAAGCAUGCUUUAAUUGUAGGGGUUGGAAUUCAAAUACUUCAGCAGUUCUCUGGUAUAAAUGGUGUUCUGUACUACACUCCCCAAAUUCUUGAGCAGGCAGGAGUUGGAGUUCUUCUUUCUAACCUGGGCCUCAGUUCAUCUUCUACAUCGCUGCUUAUUAGUGGCAUUACAACUUUGUUGAUGCUUCCAAGUAUCGCUGUUGCCAUGCGGCUUAUGGAUAUUGCUGGUAGAAGGAGUUUGCUGCUCACCACAAUCCCAGUCCUGAUAAUCUCUCUUCUCAUCUUGGUCAUCGGAAGUGUUGUGAAAAUGGGGAACGUUGUGCAUGCAGCAAUCUCAACAGUCAGUGUGGUGCUCUAUUUCUGUUUCUUUGUCAUGGGAUUUGGGCCCAUUCCCAACAUACUAUGUGCCGAGAUCUUCCCAACACGGGUUCGUGGCAUCUGCAUUGCUAUAUGCGCCCUCACAUUCUGGAUUUGUGACAUCAUCGUCACAUAUUCACUCCCAGUGCUGCUCAAAUCCGUUGGUCUCGCUGGUGUCUUUGGCAUGUACGCAGUGGUUUGUGUUAUAUCAUGGGUAUUUGUCUUCCUGAAAGUUCCAGAAACUAAAGGCAUGCCUCUAGAAGUCAUUACAGAAUUCUUCUCCGUGGGUGCAAGACAGGUUGCAGCUGCCAAGAACAACUGAGCUGGUUAAUGGUGGAUAUUGAAAGUUUUGACGGGUGUUCAAAUUUUCUUUUUCUUUCCCUUUGAUUUUAUUAGAGGUGCUGGCAAGUAGGCAGUUUGAUUUAUGUAGAAAAAGAAUAACAUAUAAAUUUGUUUCUCUAUUUGUUAUAAUUUCUAAAUGACAUUUAAUUUUCUUAUUCAAA